GCGAGGAAAACGGGGUGGCCGCGUCUGGCUAGCUCGAGACACCACUCCCCACUCGGUCUGGCCGCUCUCUCCUCUAGCUUCCUCUCUUUCUCUCUCUCUCUCCUCUUUCAGUGUUCGUUCGAACGCGGCCCGGUACGGUUCUGCUGCCCCCGUGGUGUCGUAGGGUCACCGCUUCGUGAUGGGAGCUCACUGCCGCGGUGAUAUUGGCGGGUUCCCUCGGUAGCCGGUUCCUGGACGCCGAAUGUACCUUCCUCGGGGUGGCCCGCACGCCAGUUCCAAUUCGUCUUUUCGGGAUAGGGGAUAGAUGUGCAUGAGCGGACGAACGUUAACGGGGCGGAAGUGCGUGAAAAUUGUGCGAGGAAAGACAGGACAGAGACAAACAGAAAAAUCUUCCCCCAAGAUUGUCCGAUGAGCCAACGCAAUGUCCUCGGGGACCUCGAUUAGGAGGCCGAGUUAAAUCAGGAGGCUGGAAUAAUCAGAUCGCGCUGGUCCAGAAUCAUCAGCUUGAUGGUACAAUUGUUGUUAUUCGGGGACGCUCCAAAACAUAGCAUCCCUUUGCAGAAACGACCACGUCUGCGUCGUAUGUCGAGUUCGUUUGAGUUUUCGAGAUCGAGUCUUUGUUCGCUAAUCAGUGCUAGUGGGAGAAAGCAGAAAUUAUAAAGAAGAAAAGUAAAAAAAAACAGCAAUUUUUUUCAACUCUGCCAAUCUAGAGAACCCGCCUUGUUUCUUGUUUCUCGAGAGGAAAAUAAACUCGCAGAAUUUUCGUCUCUCAAGAGCAAGUCGCGAAUCGAAAUAGCACCGGGAUAAGGAGAUUGUUCGUCGCUCUGAAUGAAGAACGAAAUUAUUGGCGAAUUUUCCUCGAGAGACAGUCAUCAAGUUAUCGGGAGAGCCGAGUUUUAAUCGCAAUUUUCGAAAUACGAUUCGCACGAUAUGUCCGGGAACUACUCGGUGCAAUGCGAGCCGGGCUUGUUGAUGCCGCUCUGGAAUCCGCAGGAAAACCUGUACCUGACCGACAUCAUCUUCCGGGGCCUGGUGUAUUUCUUGCUGCUGUUAUAUCUGUUUAUCGGCGUGUCGAUCAUCAGCGAUCGUUUCAUGGCGGCUAUCGAGGUGAUCACGUCUAAGGAGAAGGAGCUAGUGGUGCGUCGUCACGGUAGGGAGCCGCAGAUCAUCAUCGUGCGAGUGUGGAACGAGACGGUGGCCAAUCUGACUCUGAUGGCGCUGGGCAGCAGCGCGCCCGAGAUCCUGCUGUCCAUCAUCGAGAUCUGGGCGAAGAAUUUCCAAGCCGGCGAACUGGGCCCGGGUACGAUCGUCGGUUCCGCCGCCUACAACCUCUUCGUCAUCAUUUCCCUGUGCGUGUUCGUGAUCCCGAACGGCGAGAGCCGGAAGAUAAAGCAUCUGCGCGUCUUUUUCGUCACCGCCACCUGGAGCAUCUUCGCCUACGUGUGGCUCUACAUCAUCCUGGCGGUCACCAGUCCGGGGGUGCUCGAGAUCUGGGAGGGAAUACUGACUUUCGCCUUCUUCCCGGCCACGGUAUUGACGGCUUACGUCGCCGAUCGUCGAUUACUGAUCUACAAGUAUCUGCACAAGGGCUACCGGAUGAAUAAGCGCGGCGUAAUCGUGCAGGCGGAGGCCGGGGAUUCCGAGAUAGGGGUGGAGCUGGAGAUCAAGCCGCAGCAAGAUGGUCUCCACGGGAUGGUGGACCGCCUGGCCGAUAUCGACUCCCCCGAGGCGAAGGAAUUCGAGCAAACCCGAAGGGAUUACAUCAACACCUUGAAGGAAUUGCGCAAGAAGUAUCCUACUCUACCCCUGGAGCAACUGGAGGUCAUGGCUCACGAGGAGGUGCUGGGCAAGGGCCCGAAGAGCAGGGCCUUCUACAGAGUGCAGGCUACGAGGAAGAUGGUGGGCGCGGGCAACCUCAGCAGGAAGAUCAGCGAAAGGGCGCAGAGCGACCUCAGCGAGGUCAAGGCCGAGUUGCAGAAAGCGGAGGCCGAGAGUAUCGACAUCGAGAACGUCAACGCCAUGAGGGUGUUCUUCGAGCCGGGCCAUUACACUGUGAUGGAGAACGUUGGGACCUUCGAGGUGGGAGUCACCAGGGCCGGUGGUGAUCUUAAUAAAGCAUGCAGCGUGGAUUAUUGCACGGAGGACGGCUCGGCCGAGGCGGGAUCCGAUUAUGUCAGCGCCAAGGGCACCCUGACCUUCGAGCCCGGCGAGACUAAAAAGACCAUCAAGCUCUCGGUUAUCGACGACGAGCUGUUCGAGGAGGACGAGCACUUUUAUGUCAGACUCAGCAACGUAAGUCAGCCAGCCAUGCUAGUCUCGCCGAGCCUGGCGACGGUGAUGAUUCUGGACGACGAUCACAGCGGCAUCUUCGGCUUCCCCGAGAGGGACGUGGAGCUGGUGGAGAGCGUGGGCCAACAUCCUCUGCGGGUGGUACGUUACAGCGGAGCCCGGGGUCGCGUCAUCAUCCCCUAUCGCACCGUGGAAGGCACCGCGAAGCCUGGCAAACAAUACGUGCACACCGAGGGCAGCCUGACCUUCGAGGAUAAUCAGACGGAGAAAAUAAUCAAUCUAGAAAUCAUCGAGGAGGAUUCUUACGAGAAGGAUGCUCUCUUUUACGUCGAACUAGGCGAGCCGUUGUUACAAGGAGCGGAGGCAGGAAUCGCGGCGGCGGCCGAGAUGAAACAGCCGGAGGAGAGGACGGAGGAGGAGAAAAUGGCGUUGCUGGGCAGACCGCGGCUGGGCGAGGUAUCCCGGGCUCAGAUCAGGAUCAAAGAAUCCAAAGAGUUCAAGAAUACAGUGGAUAAGCUCGUCCAGCGAGCAAACGCCUCCAUAAUACUCGGCACAAGCUCUUGGAAGGAACAAUUUACGGAAGCGAUGACCGUCAGCGGGGGCGACGAAGGCGAGGAGGGUGGUCAGCCCUCUUCACCAUCGUUGAUGGAUUAUCUCAUGCAUUCGCUUACCAUCUUCUGGAAGGUUCUCUUCGCCUUUGUUCCGCCUACCGAUAUUGCCAGCGGUUACUUAUGCUUCAUCGUCAGCAUCCUAGGGAUCGGUGUUGUGACGGCAGUAAUCGGCGAUGUUGCCUCUUAUUUCGGUUGCACUUUGGGCAUUAAGGAUUCCGUCACCGCGGUGGUAUUCGUCGCCCUUGGUACCAGCAUCCCCGAUACGUUCGCGAGCAAAGUGGCAGCUUGCCAGGACAAGUACGCCGACGCGAGCGUGGGCAACGUCACCGGGAGUAACGCGGUGAACGUCUUCCUGGGGAUCGGCGUCGCGUGGAGUAUCGCCGCCAUUUAUCGUGCCUGCCACAACGAGCCGUUCCUCGUCGAACCCGGCAACCUGGCCUUCUCUGUCACCAUAUUCUGCACCGAGGCCUGCCUGGUGAUCGUGGUGCUGAUGGUGAGGCGAAUGAAGUCGAUCGGCGGCGAGUUGGGUGGACCUUUUUUACCCAAGAUCGUCACAUCCGUGUUCCUGUUCUCCCUCUGGUUGCUCUACCUCAUCAUGUCCACCCUCGAGGCCUACGGCGUAAUCCAGGGCUUCUAAACUAAGAGAGAGGCCCGUGCGACGCCAUUACGUCGGCCUAUCCACUGCGUAUAUAUCUUAGCUCUGGCGUCCGCCAAGGCGUGUGCUCAACGAAACUUGUAUCCGGAUACAGAAGCGGAAUCGGAAUGGCACGAUUCCGCGAAGAACAAAUUCUGAACUGUGCCGGGAACUUACAUAAGUUCACCCCCAACCUGAGACAAUUAACAACGAACGUGAUCGCGUGACGUAUUAAAUGCGUGGAUAUACGUGUAUGUGUGUGCGUAUGCGUGCGUGUAGAUACCUGAGAGCGCAAGUGUGCGUGCUUGCGUGAAUCCGUCUAAUGAAGAAAAUAAAGAGAAUCGAUCGAGGAGAGAGAACGAACGGAGGAGGAAAAAGUAACGAGAUGGGGAGGUGUGCACGAGAAAGAAGAAGUGAGUUUGCCUUAAAAUUAUUUCAAAAAGAAGGAAAAGGAUAAGUGCGUUCUAGUCAAGCCGUAUUCCCCGCGAGGAGAAUUUGGCCGGAAUCAAAAAGGAAAAGAGGAGGAGAGAGUGAAGAUAAUAUUAAUAAGUAUUUCUUUUUUGUGCACGCGGUCAAAUCUCGCGAAUAUACGUGUAUUUAUUUAAUCCUCCAAGGAGUACAGGGGUUUCUAUGGUAUUUUAGCAGCGAACUGUAUUGUGUCAAUUUCUUUUUCUCGCCGGAUAACGACUGUAAUCGCUAAUUUUACUCGUAUGUAUUAUUGUACGAUAUUCCUUUUAUGCCGAGGGAAUCUUUCGUCGGAUCGAUUUUCGAUUAUGUCAGAAAGAUUUCCAAGGAGUGCGAAAGCACGUGAACAACUAUUGAACCUAGUUGCAAAAUAGGACCACCUUUGAAAAUCAAAUUUUUAAUCUCUCUCUCUCUCUCUCUCUCUUUUUCUCUCUCUUUCAUUUCAAUUUAUAUUUUAAAAAUUAAUUUCCAAUCUAAUAUAUUAUAAUUCUGAUCGUUAAAUUAUUGUAUCCGUUGGAAGAAUCUCUUUUCUCGACGCAAGUCUUUUGGUAAAGUGUAUUUUUUAUUUUUAGAUUUGCGAUGAAACGCCAAAAUAGAACUUGUAGUCUUUGGUAUACGAGAAGUGGCGAUUGGUCGACGUUGCAUAACCACGUCGGACUUGCGGUGAAAUUCGAAAAAAUAGUGCAUUUUUGUCGUCGCAACAAUUGCACAGCCACAAAACGUGUGUAGGCGUUUCUAUAGCACACGCGUACGGAUCUAAUCGGAUUUGCCGUUUUCGUGCGAUUUGCCGGUUGGUCAAGGUUGCCGGAUUCUUUCAUCUCGGAUCUAGAACAGCUGAUGUCAUUGCCAUCUGUCAUGUGUGAAAUGAAUAAAUAAACAACUUUUUGACAAAAAAACUACCGCAACUGUAAAUUGCGCGAUUCAUUUUACGUGUAAAAGAUCGGAUAAGCUUCCGAAGUGGGGCGAAAAAUUGUUAAAAUCUUUUUUAGAAAAUUUUUUUUUCAAUGCAAAUGCCAUAUGCACGGUUUAGAUUUCAAAGUGAGACAUGGCAUAGUAGAAUUUAGACCUCAGGCAAGCCCAUUGACGACUUGUAAAUCCCUCUCAGCGUUCGCGACGAGAAAUUAUACUUGUUCAGAUUAGAUUUUUACAUAGAAAUGUUGUAGACUAGGUUUUCAUUAAUAUGAUGAUCAAUGUUAAUGAUGUCUGAAAAUCAUAUCUUUCAAACUUUAUAUAGAAUAAUUUACAGAGAGCAUUCAAGGAGUAAUAAUUACUUGGAUUUAUGAAUCCUUCAUUUCAUUAUUCAAACAUUGAUCAAACAACUCCCUUUAUCGCUUGCCAUUAUCUCUUGAAAAUUUCAGCAUUAAUUAAAUAUGCAUAAUUAUAAUAUGCUUCAUUGAACUUGAAGGAAGUAAAACUAGCAGUUAGGACAAUUAUAUUAUUUUUCUAACAAUUCAACAAGUGUAAGUAUUUCCUAAAAAUUCAUAAAAUUACUGAAUAACUUUAUUGACGAAAUAUAGGUUUAAAUAUAGGUUUAUUUCUUUCAAAAUAGAUCUCUCUCUUAAACUUCAAAAACUUAGACUUUAAAAAACGUAAUAAAAAAGUCUCAAAAAAAGAUGCAAAACAUUAAUUGUACUUUUUAAUCUUUCAAAUAUUCUACAGAUGGAUAUUUUCGGACACUCAUCAGAUAUUUUUAUCAUUUUCUUACGAACGUAAUUAGAGAGGGAUUUUAAGAUUAUCGUCAAUCGGGAGACAAUGUGAAUUGUUAACAAACUUAAUAACUAUCUUGCCAGCAAGAUCGCGUUAUUAAAUACCAGCAGAAACAUAUUUACAAUUGUUAAGCUAUAGAUAUCACGACAAAUGUUGAUUAGACUUGUCCCUCCCCUCUUUCCCCCGCGAGUUGUAUCGCGGUCUUCGUUCGAAUGUAUAAAUCGCACUCGUUUUCCAAAAUUACAACGUAGAGAAUUACAUACCGAUGUGUAAUCUAAUAUAUACAGAGUGUCAGGGCAAUCUCUUCCCAAAAAAGCUCUUAUAGCUUAACCUCGAGAGCUUUCCAAAACACUAUAAUAAAGUAUCUUUUCAUCGAG